AUGCUGGCGACGCGUAACGUGCUGUGUUGCUUGGUGCUUCUCCUGUCCUACGGCAGCGUGGGCACGUUUGCGGAUGCAGCAUCAGUGAAAGCGAGGAGACAACAGGACGUGGUGGGAAGGGAUUUAACUGGGACAAAGGCUCAAACGAGUGUGAAUGUCCCGACGGAUUUGAAGGAAACGAGAAGCAGGGCUUUGCGAGCAACAGAGCAUGCCUUUAACAAUGCUACUGAGGCUUCCAAACAUUGCUCAAGGGCGAAGGUGGAUGCUAAUGAGGCCAAAAAUCACGCCACCGAGGCAAAAAAGCUCUUGGAAACGCUUGGUGGGGACUUUGUGUCCAAGAGUACGGCUCUGCAGGAUGCAAAGAGGGCGCAUAACGAGUCUGUCGCUGCGCUGAAGAAUUGUGUUGAUGCGGAAAAGGCCGCUGCCGACGCUGACACGGCGGUUGUGUUGGCCCUUUAUUGGGUGCUGAAUCAUUCCAAGGUGCAGCGUCCAACCGGACUUACGCUGAAUGAGGCUAUGGAGAGCGUCCAUCAAAAUACGUUGCAGGCCGUAAAUGAGGCGAAGAAGGCCGAGUUGGAGGCUGAUAAGGCAGCGGAGGCGGCACACAAGGCAGCGGAGGCGGCAAAAAAGGCGGCAACAGCACUGGUUACGGCGAAGGAAGUUGUCACGAUGGCCGGGGAAUUGAAGAAGCAGUUGGCCAAGGAAGAGCUGGAGAGAAGACAAAAACACGAGGCAGCCGUGGCAGCCGAGAAGCGGAGGAUCCAAGAGGAGGCCUCAAAGGCUGUCAAGCGUGCUGAGGCAGCUGAGGAACUUGUCGCUGAGCUGUCAUCCGCACAUAAGCGUGGCGCAAAGGACUCUACGAGAAGCACUCGAGUGGGGGCGGAUGGUGCCCAAAAUCCCCGAAACAUUGGGCUUGGCGGUAACAGUUACGUGUCAGCACUUGCGUCAUCACUACUGUUGCUGCUGGCGAUGACAUCUACCUUCAUCUCUAUUACGGUGCUGUGCUAG